GACGCGUCCCUUAAAAGCAGCGGCCGCUCUUUGUUUACAGCAGAGUGGACGGACCGCGCACGCACCGCGUCGGAUAUCUCGCAGCAGCAGUCAUGGUGGCAAUGGCGAAGAGAAUGAAAUGCUUUCAAAUCGUCUUUUCGGACCCGAGCAAGACGUUCUACUGCGGCGGGGACAAGGUGUCCGGCCGGGUGGAGGUGGAGGUGAACGAGGUGACGCGGGUGUCGGCGCUGAGGAUCCUGGGUGUGGGCUGCGCGAAGGUGGAGUACGCUAAAGGGAAGCAGCGGUGUCGCCAGGAGGCCGAGUACCUCCGGUACGAAGAGGUGCUGCUGCUGGACGACCACCCCGCGGACGCCGACGGAUCAGUCGUGUUGAGGCCCGGCAACAGAUACGAGUACCGCUUUGGAUUUGAGCUCCCCCAGCAAGGGCAGCUGGUGUCGUCAUACAAGGGGAAGUUUGGCUUUGUCCAGUACGACGUGAAGGCCCUGAUGGAGAGACCCCACCAGCCCACCAUCCAGUGUAAGAAAGCCUUUGAGGUGGAGGAGCCCCUGGAUGUCAACACCCCAGACCUUCUGUCUCCGACAGGUGGCAUGAAGGAGAAGAAAGUCACCUGUAUGUUCAUCCCUGAUGGCCAGGUGUCACUAAAUGCCAAAAUAGACCGGCGUGGCUUUUGUGAGGGCGAAGACAUCUGCAUCAACGCCAAGUUUGAGAACACCUGCUCCCGCAUCGUGGUGCCAAAGGCCGCCAUCAUUGCCAAACACACCUACCAGGCCAAUGGCCGCACCAAGGUUUUCCGUCAGAAGCUGUCCUCGGUGCGCGGCAACCACAUCAUCUCCGGCAUGUGUGACGCCUGGCAGGGAAAGACCAUCAGGGUGCCAAAGAUUAAGCCGUCUAUGCUGGGCUGCAACAUCAUCCGUGUGGAGUACGCGCUCAUGAUUUACAUUCACAUCCCUGGGAGUGAGAAGCUGAUCCUGGAGCUGCCUCUAGUCAUCGGUACCUCCGGUCUGGGCAGCCGCAGCAACAGUGUGAGCAGCCAGGAGGGGUCGGUCAGCAACGCUUCCCAGAGCUGGGUGUCCCUCCGGCUGCCCUCCGAGCCUCCCAGCUACUCUGACGUCAGCCGCGACUUUCGCCUGGAACAGCCCCUCACGCCGCUCCUGGACGACUUUGACGGUGACGGAAGCCCCAUCUUUAUGAACGCCCCGUCCUUCCAGUUCCCACCACUUCCGGCGUACACUGAGGCGGAGGAAGAUUUCCACGGCAACGCACGCAUGUUGCCGGUCUGCUGAGGUCCUGCAGGGACUCAAGAACCCUAAUCUAGCUCUCAGGGACCGUUGAACUUAAGCACUUGAAAAGGAGCCGGAGGUCCAAACUCUAGAAGAGAUGUGUUGGAUGGAGAAGUAGAGCCAGGACUGUGGAAAGAGGCUCGUCUGCUCCGCCAAAAGGCUUCAUCAGCUACGCUAAAUCUUCCGCCUGGUGGCCUUCAGGCCGGGGGCCUGGUGGUCGAACCACAUGGGCUGCGUCACGCUACGUUUCUGAGUAAGCUGUCGCUUCUACGGAGUCAAGGCGCUCAGGGUCUCACUCCCCUUCUCAGCCACUUUAUGACUUUGCCUUGGGGGGCCGAGCAUUGUUUGAGUCAACUCCCAGCCUGCUGCAACGUCUCCUUUCAUUGUUAAGCGUGUUCUUUCCUCGUUGACAUUCCCGUCAAGCCCUGUGUCUUUAAGGGAGUUCACCCGAGGAAUCUACCGCUCUCUUUUCCAGUUCAGGCAGUUUGUGUUGCUGAAAACAAUUUGUCAGGAACGUUGUUGCCUUUCAAAAUUAAAGCAUGUAGAAUAAUCUUCCUUGGCUGCUAAUACAAAUUAAUGCAGCAUUCAUACUGUCUUAUGUACUUGUGUGUUCAUAAAUAUGUAUGUUACUCCUGUUUUUUUUUUGCACUUUUGAUUGAUGCAUUUUGCUCUCCCACUGCCUACCAGACUUCCGUGUGUUAUUGUUAGUUUGAUCUGAGUGGAUUCUCUGGCGGUAUAUUCCUCCUAACUAUUUGGAACCUCAGCCUGAUAUCCAAAUCCCGGCUUGGUUGGCUGUCAAGUGCCAAACAUCAUCCAUACAAUGAACACACUCCUACGCACCUUUUAUGAGGAGAAUCGUUGGAUCUUCUGUCAAAGACAGCGUUGACCUCUGAGACCUCCGGUGGGGGGGCCCCAGCUCCUGUUCCUUCAGGGCACAAAGAAAAUCACUGUUAAAGACUGAUUAGUGAGAAAAUAUGUUUGCAAUGGAUUCUUCAUACUUAUAACGAGUACUUUUUUGUAUAAAACCCCAUGGGUUCUUUUUUUAUUAAAGAAAUGUUGAGAAAUCUC